CCUCAGCAGCUGGUGUCGUGGCGGUCGCUGGCGGCCACCUUCGUGCUGUGCGGGGGGCUGCUUGCCGGCAUGAAGAAGGUGAAGCGGUGGAAGGAAGAGGAGCUGGAGAAGGAACGAAACCGAGGCAUUGGGAAACCGCUGCUAGGAGGGCCCUUCUCACUCGUCAGCCACGAGGGACAGCCCAAGACCAGCAAGGACUACAUCGGCCAGUGGGUGCUGAUCUACUUUGGCUUCACACACUGCCCUGACAUCUGUCCUGAUGAACUGGAGAAAAUGAUUGAAGUGGUAGAUGAAAUUGAUAGAAUUCCAUCUUUGCCUAAUCUGACCCCACUCUUCAUCACUAUUGAUCCCGAGAGGGACGACGAAGAAGCCAUUGCCAGAUACGUUAAAGAAUUUUCUCCGAAGCUGAUCGGGUUGACUGGUACCAAGGCACAGAUUGACCAAGUGGCGAAAGCUUACCGUGUGUAUUACAGCGAAGGUCCCAAAGAUGAGGACAAUGAUUACAUAGUGGAUCACACAAUAAUAAUGUACCUCCUCGGGCCAGAUGGUGACUUCGUGGACUAUUAUGGCCAGAAUAAGAGGAGCUCUGAGAUUUCUGCUUCUAUUGCUGCACACAUGAGAAAAUACAGAUCCUGAAACACAAGGUCUUCAAAGAUUGAUGUGAACAUCACCUGUACAUUUGGCUGUAACUGGGCAUUGGAGUUGGAGCUGAAGUGUACAAGUGUAACAUCCUGUCACCACCUGCCUCCUUUCUUCCAAAUAAGAAAGGCAACCAUACUUCUGCAAAAUACCAUUAUCAAAAAUCUCUGUAGAGCCUUCCCCAUGGAUAUUGUUUGCAACAAGAUCUAGGCUACAGAAUGAAAUCUGGGACUUC